AGCGCUGUAAGAAUCUGACAGAUCUUUUACAGACCUGGAGGUCUGCUUAUUGGAAGCAGAGUUAUAUGAAAAUAACUUUUGAAAAAUAGUGUAGCUCUGCUUUAGAUCCAUAGAGGAAAGAUACACGACUUCAGCAUGUAUUACUAAUAGGCCAAAACUGAAUUUGAAUUUGCUACAAUACUGCGUUUGCUACAAUAUGCCUGAAACAGAUCAACUGUAGUCAAUUGGAAUGGAACAUUUCACCAGAGGAACAGCGAGCUAGCAAAAAUACAUACAAAUUCAACCAGGAGAAAAUGAAGACCUCAACUCUCUACAGUUCAGACAAGAAAAGAUGAAGAGCUCUCUGCUCGCAGCUAUCUUUUUGUUUGCAAUCGAUCCCUGCCGAAAAUGGGAUUCGCCAUUUUGCCAGCAGCUCCCAGACUGGGACAAUGAAUUGGCAUGCUACAAAGAAUUAAAUGAGGAUCUAACUUGCACCUGGCUGCCAGCACCCAGUGCUCCGAAUACGAUUAAUUAUACUGUAUUCUUAAAAUGGUACAAAAUACCAAAACUUUUUCAACAAAACACAUCAUCAUCUUCCAUCACAAUAGAACGAAAGAACCUCUUCAUGGAGCGAUCUGUAUGUAUUUGGAUAGCAGUGAAUUACGCCCAUGACAGUUGCGUGAAAGGAAAGAUGAUCUCAGUUGUACCGAGCAAAGCAGGGAAGUGCUUAACACCAUCUAACAUAAAGGCUCAUCAGAUCACAAACCAAUUGAUAAUAAAGUGGGACCUGCCUGCAACUCCCACACUAUAUGAGCUGAGAUACAGAGAGGCGCUCACAGAAUCCACUCGGUGGACGCUGGUGCCUGUAGAAAGCAAUGCUGUCAAUGUCACCAUUUCAAAUUUAAAUGCCAUGUCUUCAUACAUUGUUCAGCUCAGAUGCAUAGCCAAGGAUGGUCUCCACUGUGUUUGCAUUUGGAGUAAAGAGAUUUUGGUCCCUCACAAACUCACAAAAAAGCCAAGAAUAUCAUAUAAUGAAACUACAGAAAUCUCUCCAGGCAGAAGAAGUGUUCUUCUGAAGUGGGAGGUAACACAAAGUAGGAACGUUCUUGGAUAUUACGUUAAGGUGGAAAGAACACCCAACAGUUGCAGGGAUUCACCAAAUCCCAUCUUUCUAAAGGACAGAAAAGUUCUUCUAAAUCUAUCGAUGGCUUAUUAUACUGUUAAUAUUUCCGCCUAUAACAAAGCAGGAGAAUCUCCACAAGCCGUCUACAUUGUCCCAGACUUCUCUGCAACAGGCUUGCCUGGACAAAUCCAUGUCAAGCACCAGGGAACUAAUGCAGUUGUCACCUGGACUCCAGAAUACAAUCCAAAAUGUUUUGUGGUUGACUGGGGCACUGGUAAAGAGGAUAUGCAUAUGAAAAUAGUAACUACGCCUACUGGAAAUUUCACGCUAGACAAUUUUCAGCCAUAUAAGUUGUACAAAAUGAUGGUACAUGCAUCUGAUGUGUGUCAGUGUGAAAGUUUCACAAGACACGAAAAGACUUUUGGAGUGACCCACUUUUACUCAGUCGAAGGAGUUCCUAGGACAGGUCCUGCUAAUGUGACAAUUCUGAGUAUCAGAAAGCAUUCUGCACUUGUGAAGUGGACCAAAAUAGCUGCAGAAGACUGUUUGGGCUUUCUCCAGGGGUACAGGAUCAGCUACACAGAUUCACUGGGGAAAAAGUCUCUGGCUGUUACUCUCAAUUCUUCUACCACAAGUUACCAUCUUACCACACUGAAGGAAAAAACCACCUACCGUGUGCAGAUUUCAGGAUUCACUAAUGCUGGCGAAGGACCUCCAACUCUUUCACAUCCUUUCAGGACUCCAAAAUACGAUAAAGGAGAAUUUGAAGGUUUUGUGACUGUCCUUUGCUUCAGCAUGAUGUUCAUUCUGAUUUUUGCACCUGUCAUUUGUUCUCUGAUGCUUAAAAGGCUGAAAAUACCAUGCUGGCCCAGUGUACCAAGUCCAACAAACAGCAGUGCGCUCCAAGAUAUGACUAAUUGGAAACCUGUUUCAAGGUCACUGCUCCAGGUGCUGUCAGACAAUGAUAGCACCAGCCUUUAUGUCAUAGAGCAUGAUUCAAAGGCUCCUUUGAAGGUAGACCUCUUUACAGAUGGUGGGGAAGACAGCAAGUGUGACACUUGCCAGUCAGAAGAACUUAGCAAUAACACAGACAUAAGCCUAAGGCAUGAGGAAAUCCCCGAAAAAGCAGUUACAAGUGAAGAAGAAGGAAUCAUUUCCAUUACAGUACCACUCUUGAGUGACUACACCAGUAUGGAGUUCAGCCAGAAAGCCCUGAUGAGUCUGACAGUGAAGCUGCCUGCAAGAGCUGCUCGUCCUCAUUUGGAAAUGGAACUAAAUGGUAAACCAGCACAAACUGAGCAUCAGGUUUUAUUUGCUCCUCAAGACUACCUCAAACAAAGCCAGGUAGUAUUUUUGCCAUCUGGACCGACUUUGAUGGGACAAGUCAAUUCAAACUGAAGCAUUUUAUAAUUUCUUGUACCAUAAAACCAAGUUCCAAAACCUCUGGUGCUUGAAUGGAGCCAUUAGGACCAUACAGGACAGUGAGCUUGUGACAAUACUUAGUCUCUACUUCAAUAAGCUUCCGUGGUGAAAUAGAUAUAAUUAGAUUAUCUGUUUCACCACAGUAAUUCAGUGGAAAGUCCUGCUGUCUUCACACAGGCAAAACAUUCAGGGAACUGUAUGAAAAACCUUUCAGUAAGGUACCUCUUGCUGAGUGCUUAGUCCCAGGACAAUCAGGAAUGAAUUCCAAGGGUUUUGCUCGAAGUACAAUGUUGUUCUAGUCAUCAGGAGCGUUCUCUAAUCACUGCAACUAGUUUAAGACUUGGUUUUCAUAUCCAAGUUCUUCAGUAAAAAUUCCAGCAAGAGUGUCUACCACUCCAAAGAAGCUCUGCAGUUGGUCAAAUCUGGCCAAACAAAAGAGUGAAAACCCUUGAAUUUAGGAAUAGAAAAUGAUGAUUAUCAAUCUAUGUAAAGUCCUAUUAAGUGCUUUACAUCUUAGGUCUUUACACCUUUAUUCAUCACAGAUGAAUAGUGCUGUGUAAAUGAAGAUGACAAUAAGUAUUAUUAUUAGUACUGGAGUUUUUACUUGCAUUAAAUUAAGGCUAUUUCUUCCUACGUUUAUCUACACAGACAUAGAAAUCCAUUCAUGCUCUGUUACAAGAUGUAGUUGUAGAUACAAUUUCACACUGCACGCAAUUACAGUAUCUCUUGAACAGACUUAAAGAGCUGAAUAGGUAGUUUAGUUAGUCAUCCCUCCAAAGCUUGAUUAGAGGAGGAUUCAUUGGAAUAUAGGGGAUAAAAGGGUCUUCCUUAAUAUGCUUUUUAUGUGACUCCAUUGCGUAUCUCCAGGGUGUAAGGAGUCUGAACUAGUUUUCCAGCUUACAACAGCUUCUCACCCAUGAACUCUGUAGGCAUUAAUGGUUUGCAGUUAUUGUAGAAGACCCAGUUUAUUGUUGUCGUCUCUAGUUUACUGAGCAUUUUACUGAAAUUAUUUUGCAGAGAAAGAAAUUGAUCAACUGUACCACAAGCACUGGAGGCUCCUUAGACAGACGUCUUUUAAAAUUCUCUCAUUAAAAGUGAAGGAUGAUUCACAUUCACACUAAAUUUUCCAUGUAUAUUGGGCAGUAUGAGUUAUAGAAUAGCCAUGAUUGCAAAAAGCUCAAAGAAAUUGCAUAUCCGCCACUUGACUGAUUUAUUGAGGCCCCGUAACAAAACCUGUUUUAUUCACUUUCCUAUUUAUAUUCACUCUUUCUUUAUUUAUAUCUCUGUAUGUAUGUUAGGACUGGCAGAACUGUAUUUCACUGUGGGUUUUGCGUUGUUUUUUCUUAGCACUUAAAAUGCAUUGUUUUGCCACAAAACAAUGUAUCAAUUUCCACUCACCCUUGUUACCUCUACUCAUUCAAAGAAGGAGUAACAGGAGCAUUCCCUAGACCACCUCAAAACUUUUAACAGUCUUUUAAAUGUCUUUCUUCAUUUUUUUAACUUCAGUCAGGUGACUUUGCCUGAUCUGAAUUUAGGAGAACACAAAUUAUCCUGCUAUUAGCAAAGCUGUUGCUACUUGCAAUAUCUAGUAGAGGGGCUGAAAGGGCAAGUCCUCAAAUGAUAUACAUUUAUUAUCAAGUAGUCACAUGAACACCGCCUAAUUUGUCCAUUUCCCAAAUAUAAAGAAAUACCAUAUUCAGUACCUAUAAUAUUUCUUCCAUUUCUGGUCAGAGUGACUUAUCUUCCUGGUGCAGUUGGUACCUUAAAUAACUUACUCAUUCCUGUAAACAAGGAAUUCAUUUCUUCUUGCUCUGCACCUACCAAACCAGCACAUAUUAUUAUGUUACAUAUAGACUAUGAAGUAAAUAAGUAGAAUCAAACCAAUGGCUUGUGACCAGUUUCAGUAUAUGAAGCAGUCUUCAUACAUGAAACUCAAAAGACAGUUUGGGCUUUUGACCCGGUGAGUAUUGCUUCCAUAAUAUUAGCCAUUGCCUGGCAUAUUGCUAAAGAAAAUCCAUUUAUCGGGAUGGGAGAAUUUCCCCUAGAGGUACAUAUGGACCUAUUUGCCUCAAGUGGAUGUAUUCCACUUUCUGCUAUAAAGCUUACAGUAUAUGUGUGCUCUCAUUAGAGCAAUACCACCCUCAAUACUUGUAUAAUGGCUGUAAGGUGUACCGUUGGGAGAAUGAGAGAUACGAGAAAAAGCCUGGUAUGGAGAUGAGAUAUAAAUGAAGAACUCAUCCCACCAUGAGGCAUCCUUUGAGAGCAAAGAAAGACCCUCUUCUGUGGAGAGAAAUACAAGAGUACACUUGCUAAAUGGUUUCAUCCAGCCAAAAAGGAGGCUUUGGUGGAAUAAUGUACAUAUUCAGGGACAUAGGAUUAGGAGUCACAUAGUGCUCAGGCCUUUAGAUCAGGGGCAAAUAAUUUUUUGUGUUUUUUUUUAUUGUUCGGUUCUUUCUUGGGGAUUUUUAGUUUAGUUGGAAGGGACCUACAGUAGUCAUCCAGUCCAACUGCCUGACCUCUUCAGGCAGUUUAAAAACGUGUGUGCAUAUACAGAUGUAUAAUGACUGCAGAAGGCUACCUCUACUAAUAAUCAUGUAAGGUAUUUCAUUUCAUGUGUUAUAGCACUGUUCAAGUGGUUUCAGUAGUGUUCUUAGCUUCAGUAUUCUUGACGUCAGUAUGUAUUGAGUGAAAUUGCAAAUAUGAAGGCUCAGGACCAAAAAAGCCAAGGCAUUUUAAAAUAUUUUUUUUCUUUUCUUCCCCUAUCAGCAUAGCUCUACAUGACCACUGUUAGCAUUAGUGAGAAUUUAGACACUGUAAAAGCUUAGACACUUAAACGUGGGCCUGGAGGCACAUAAGCAUAGUGUUUGAUAGCAUAGAGUAUGAUACUGGAGGGUUACCAUGUUUUAGCAUUUUAUAUUUACAGAGAAAGGAAUUUAAUAUUCAGUCUCUAACAUGUCCUCUAAAAACAUGCACAAAGCAAAGUUAGUACAUACCUAUUUUUUCUGGUAUUCAGAGUAAUUGUGGGUUUUGGAUACUUUAAUGUAGUAUGGACCAGGAGAUUUUUAUUUAUUUAUUUUUUACAUUUAAGGUCAGACUACAGUGCAGUAGACAGACAGCAUUGAAAAUUAUCACAGUGUUUUGGAGACAAGAUAAACAGCUACUCAGUCUGCAUCAGGAGAUUUAAGCAACCACAAUGUUCCAGAGCUUUUUUUUUCACUCUGUAUUAUCUACCAAAUAGAAUAAUAGUAGCUACAGAAUAUCUACAAAUCCUCUAAAAAUCUAAGCCUUUGGGGUACUUUGCCAACCUUAAAAAGCCAGCAUUAUGGCACAAUGACAUCUGCACUUGGGCAGAGUCCUCCUGAAAGCAGAGAGCACAGGGGCAUCCUGUCAAUCUGAGUCAACGCGGUUACGGGUAUAAAAACUGUAAAAUAAUGAAGCACUUAAUUAAAGCCCUCUACUUACAGAAGAUACUUGUCUCAGAGCUCUCGACUCUGUGUCACAGGCUCUUGGUUUGCCUUUUUCUCUCUCUCUUGAUGGUACUGUGUGUCUACUGCCUGAAUGAUGUUAACUGUGUCAUGGUAUUGUGUUGAUGGGAUCUGU